CCAAUCUCUCAAGGAUCGCGAAAACUUUCUGGAAGCCCUCGUCGAGCGAAAAACACAAUCUCAUCAAUCUCGACGGAAGUUACCGUGAGUCGACAAAUAUUGUUGGUUGGAUGAUGCGAAGAGCAACUGCUCACUCCAUUACAAGAACCUCAUCAGCAUGUCUCUUUUCUCGGCCUAUGUUUUGCCCCUACAGCGACAGAUGCAUGUCACAAGGAUCUGGCCAACAAUCCGAGCAUAUCUAUAUUCCACCAAGACCCCUCCGGAACCACCACGUCAACUGAAGACCGACAGCAUAACCGUUAAAACGAGAGAACAAAAUAGACGUCUUGUUGAAUAUCACAAGGUUUAUGACCGGAAAUACCGCAAAGACAACCUUGACAAACGUCGAGAGGAUUACAGAGUCUGGUACCAAGCACAUUCUGACUACCAACGGUUCAGGGGCUAUUUAUUUAGACAUCCUGUUUGGGCGCAGAAAGAGCUUACCUGGAAGACCCAUCGUCUGAUUGCAACCGAAGAGAGAGUGAAGCGUGCCUGUGCAUCUUGUGGGCAUCAUGAGUUCGCAGGCUUGAAAAUGUGGUGGGCAAGAAAGAAUGAGAACCCAGACGCCGAUUCGGUCGAGUAUGAUUGCACAUAUUGCUUUUACGCUAUAGACCCCGAACGAUCGAAGCCUGUCGGAUAUGAAGAUCUCGCUUUCGGGGAUAUGCUUCUGGCCUUGCAUAAGGCUCGUCGAGAACACGACAAGACCCUUAAAGCUAAGCCAUCUCCCUCGUCUUCAGAAGAUGAGAAGUCACGCUGAACAUGUCAAACCAUUCGGUUUUGGAAAAACGAGUUGAGUAUAUACUCGCUAGCAAGGGCGGAGAUUGCACGUUUACUUUCUACCACGGCAAAUCUGCUUGAAGAAGAUACAGGAUCGUGCUCAUGCGCGCUCCCAUCGCCUACAUCUGGCGAAUACUUGUGACAAUGCUGUUAUAUCGGAAGACGGCAGACUCGGCGCCUCGGGUCCAUGUCGAGAACGACGCAUACCGGGCUAGUACCGAGAUAGAUCUCUCUUACUCUCUCCUAGGGAUGCACGGUAUUAUCGACCCUACUCGUUUCGUCGCCUGUUUCGCCUCGGGGUUAGGUAAAAUCGACUAGAC